AUGGCCACCCUUGUUACUGCCCUCAUCGCUCCCAGCACCUAUGACAUCCCCCUCACCACGCGCGAAGCCCUCUCCGGCAUAUUCGGCUCCAUCUCGCUCGCGUGCUGGAUCUUCCUCCUCGUGCCCCAGCUGAUCGAGAACUACCGAAACUCCAGCGCCGAAGCCAUCUCGCUGGCCUUUAUUUUCGUGUGGUUCCUGGGCGAUAUCGCGAACCUUGCGGGCGCGCUGUGGGCGGGGCUGGUGCCCGUCGUCGUUGCGAUCGGGGUCUACUUCUGCAUUGCCGAUGGGGUGCUGAUUGGGCAAUGCUUGUAUUAUGGGCUGAGAAACAAGAGGAGGGAAGGCAAGGCAUUGCUGCGCCGGGAGUCCCUAGUCGGGAGUUCGAGUUCUGCGGCGCAAGGAGACGGGCACGCACAGGUCCGCCAGUCCGAGGAGGACAGCCACGAAGAGCAACCGCUGCUCAAGCGCUCGAGGACUAACAGUAUGACGAUCCCCGGGUCUAUGGAUCGCAGGCGGAGCAGUGCCAGCCUGCGACGGAGGAGGAGCAGCCUCGCUGCGCAGAACGAUCACCUGGCCAAGAUCCUUGAGGAGCGCGACGCAUCCGGCACGACGCUGUGGUUCAAGAAUGCUAUGAGUGUCAUUGCCAUUGGGGUCAUCGGGACUGCUGGGUGGGCGCUCGCCUAUGAGUCCGGGGCCUGGAAACCUUCGCCCAUGUCCACGGGGACCGAGGGCGAAGCUAUGCCUGCCGGCGCAUUGGUGCUGGGAUAUUUCAGUGCCGUGGCGUACCUGGGUGCGAGAAUCCCUCAGAUCAUCAAGAAUGCGAGGGAUCGAAGUUGCGAAGGCCUAUCCCUCCUUUUCUUCAUCCUGUCUCUGAUGGGGAAUCUCACGUACGGGGCGGGUAUUCUCUGCCAUUCCACCGAGCGUCAGUACGUCCUGAAGAACUUGCCCUGGCUGAUUGGCAGUCUGGGCACAAUGGUUGAGGACGUCACUAUCUUCGCUCAAUUCCAUAUUUACAGCGCCCAAGGUGAGGAGGAGGCCAGGCCCGAGCACGCUGUGAUCUGA